GGAAGUAAGCGGCCUCCGCGGGCGGGCGGGCGGCGCGCGGCUCUUACAGCCGGGUCGGCGCGUCGACUGUCCAGAGUCCGCGGCCGGGGCGCGCUGAGGCCCAGGACACGAGUCACCAUGGCCUACCAUAGCUUCCUGGUGGAGCCCAUCAGCUGUCACGCGUGGAACAAGGACCGGACGCAGAUCGCCAUCUGCCCCAACAACCACGAGGUGCACAUCUAUGAGAAGGCUGGGGCCAAGUGGAACAAGGUGCACGAGCUGAAGGAGCACAAUGGGCAGGUGACAGGCAUAGAUUGGGCCCCUGAGAGCAACCGCAUCGUGACGUGCGGCACAGAUCGCAACGCCUACGUGUGGACACUCAAGGGACGCGCGUGGAAGCCCACACUCGUCAUCCUCCGCAUCAACCGUGCUGCCCGCUGCGUGCGCUGGGCCCCCAACGAGAACAAGUUCGCUGUGGGCAGUGGCUCCCGCGUCAUCUCUGUCUGCUAUUUCGAGCAGGAGAAUGAUUGGUGGGUGUGCAAGCACAUCAAGAAGCCCAUUCGCUCCACCGUCCUCAGCCUGGACUGGCACCCCAACAGCGUGCUCCUGGCUGCCGGCUCCUGUGACUUCAAGUGCAGGAUCUUCUCGGCCUACAUUAAGGAGGUGGAGGAGCGGCCGGCACCCACGCCCUGGGGCUCCAAGAUGCCAUUCGGGGAGCUGCUGUUCGAGUCGAGUGGCGCUGGCGGCUGGGUGCACGGCGUCAGCUUCUCUGCCAGCGGGGGCCGCCUGGCCUGGGUCAGUCACGACAGCACCGUGUGCCUGGCCGACGCCGAGCGCAAGAUGGCCGUGGCCACCCUGGCCUCUGACGCCCUGCCGCUCCUGGCCGUUACUUUCAUCACUGAGAACAGCCUGGUGGCGGCGGGCCACGACUGCUUCCCAGUGCUGUUCACCUACGAUGGCGCGGCGGGGAGGCUGGCCUCGGGCGGCCGGCUGGAUGUGCCCCGGCAGAGCAGCCAGCGCGGACUGACGGCCCGCGAGCGCUUCCAGAACCUGGACAAGAAGGCCAGCUCCGAGGGCGGUGCAGCCGCGGGCGCCGGGCUCGACUCGCUGCAUAAGAACAGCGUCAGCCAGAUCUCGGUGCUGAGUGGGGGCAAAGCUAGGUGCUCGCAGUUCUGCACGACCGGCAUGGACGGCGGCAUGAGCAUCUGGGACGUGAAGAGCCUGGAGUCGGCCCUGAAGGACCUGAAGAUCAAGUGAGCAGUGGGGAGCUGCCGAGGACGACAACGACGAUGGGGGACUCGGGGUAGCCGGGGCUGCUUUGCUGACCACUUCUGGGCCACAGAGAGGGCGCCGCCCGGGAGGGGAAGGGACCUUUCCCACCCGCUUCAAGAAAAUGUGCCUUUUAGAGAAACGCUUUCAGUCACUGAGACAAGAGCCACAGCCCGGUGCUGACCGCGAACUGCUUCCACUUUUGGUUAAUAAAGAUGCCAGCUUGAAAGGCC